AUGAGUUUUGAGGACACGAAGCUGACUUUAGGACUUGCUAGGAGUGGACGGUCUUCCGCUGUUAAGUGCUCUGCAAAACCGGGGUUCGUUGAGACCGUUGAUUUUAACCUUGGGAAGUGUAGCAGCAGACCACGUGGUCGUGGUGACACUCAUGCACAAGUUGUUGGUUGGCCACCGGUGAGAUCAUCUAGAAAGAAGGCUACAAAUGAGAGCUGUAAGUAUGUGAAAGUGGCCGUGGAUGGAGCACCAUAUCUUCGCAAAGUAAACUUAGAAGGUUACUCUAAUUACCAAGAGCUGAUGAAAGAUUUAUUACAGAAUUUGUUUACCUGCUUCACCAUCCGUAACUCUAACAGGGAGGAAAGUGUGGUGAAGGGAAUGGAGUAUGUACCAACAUAUGAAGACAAAGAUGGUGACUGGAUGUUAGUUGGAGAUGUUCCUUGGAAGUAAGUUUAAAUAUUAAUAACAAUAUUUACUACUAUUUUGUUUAUUGUACUUUGAUGGUGCAACA